AAAUAAAAUCUCAACCGGUGAAGAUAAGCAGUCUCUAAAGAAUCCUUAUUUUAUUAAACCCCCUCCUGACUGAGUGAACAGAUAUAUGGGAGCCCCAGAGUGUCCCCGCUGCCAUCUACGUUCCACCCGGAGACAAAAGCAGCGUUAAACGGCGUCUUUUCUACUCAUUUGUGUUUUACUCAGACUUACAUAAUGUUCAUCUACAAUGAGCCAGACGAUUUCCAGGACUGCCCCUGCGUGGAGCAACUGCACCUUUGUUAAAAGGCAAAGUGUUCAGAUCUUCUGAGAGUUGAGGCUCUCCGAGGUUGGUGUGCCUAACCGCAGCCAGCGUCGAUUUUAGAUUUAUGACAAUAUUGUUAAUAAGUAACUUUUGCAUAACCUGCUCGAGUAACAGGUAGAAUAUAAACUAGUAUCCGGAGUUGUUGCGCCUAACAGUGGCUCAAAUGCCAUCCUCUGAGACACAUAAACAUCGCAUUUUUAUAUAAAUGUACUUUAUAUUCGAUCUCUCUCCUUUUUUUUUUUUUUUUUUUUUUAAAUGUGGAUUCUAGAAAGGUGAACCCGCUUCCCACACGAGGAAUGAAGUGGGCGUCAGUUCCGUUUGUUGAAAGCGCAUUUAGGAGAUGUGACUUUUGAACCGCUGUCAGUCUCAGACCUCCAGGAAUCCAGCGGCUCUUCGUGUGGCUGUGUUUUCAGCACCACGGACGGCUCCUGGCGCGCGGCUCAGCUCCACGCGCGGCUCAAACUUCAGGCAGCUCCACUCGCCUCUUACAUCCAUCCGUCCAUCCAUCUAUUCUUCCAUUCAUCUUUACAGCGACUCUGCUUUUCAGCGUUAAAAAAACAAACAAACAAAAAAAAAACAAACCUGAGUGCUGCAGCAGAAGAAAUGCGUUGGUUUAACAAAGUCCAUUCAUCGCACGUCGGCUUUGGAAACUGAAAGACCCUCCUCAGGCUGUAAUCUACGAAAUCUCUGAAGAAGAGAAGGACGAAGAGGAUGGCACUGAUGUUCUAAAUGGCCUCUGUCAGAAUAAAAACACUGGUGCUUUGAGAUCUGGUGCUGCUGCGCCUUACAGUUCUUUUCCACAGAGCAGCUGUCAUCAAAAGCUGACCAGAAGCUGACCGGAAAACCACAGACAGAACAGUGACCUUGUUUUGCCCAGGGAUAUGUCAUUGGGGAAAUCCCCUGUGUCGGGGGUUCGCCCUCUGCCCCGACCCCUCUGGCUGUCCCACCUCAGCCUGCUGUGCAUAUGUGUGUCUCUCUUUGCCCAUGCUCCCCAGGGUUUGCCUGUGGUGGGCUAUAACACAGACUCUAAGAGGGAGAUCACACUUGACGGAGAUUUGAUGAUUGGCGGACUGUUCCCUGUGCACCAGAAAGGUGAGGGAGCAGAGGACUGUGGGAAGAUCAAUGCACAGAGAGGGAUCCAGAGACUGGAGGCCAUGCUGCUGGCAUUAGAUGAAAUCAACAGGGAUGAACGGAUCCUGCCUGGGAUCAGACUAGGAGCUCAUAUACUGGACACAUGCUCUAAGGACACAUAUGCUCUGGAGCAAUCUCUGGAGUUUGUCAGGGCCUCGCUCACCAAAGUUGAUGACAGUGAGUACACCUGUCCUGAUGGCUCCUAUGCCAUCCAUGAUGACGUCCCUUUGGCUAUAUCUGGGGUAAUCGGAGGCUCCUACAGUGAUGUCUCCAUUCAGGUGGCCAAUCUGCUGCGACUUUUCCAGAUUCCUCAGAUCAGCUAUGCUUCUACCAGUGCUAAACUCAGUGACAAGACCCGCUAUGACUACUUUGCCCGAACGGUGCCCCCUGACUUCUACCAGGCAAAAGCCAUGGCAGAGAUCCUGCGUUACUUCAACUGGACGUAUGUCUCGACAGUAGCAUCAGAAGGUGAUUAUGGUGAGACUGGUAUUGAUGCUUUCCAGCAGGAGGCCCGCGCCCGCCAGAUCUGCAUCGCCACCUCAGCUAAGGUGAGCCGCUCCAUGAGUCGCUGGAGUUAUGAGAAUGUGAUUCGUUCCUUGCAGCAGAAGUCCAACGCCAAGGUGGUCAUCCUGUUUACACGCAGUGAAGACGCUCGUGAGCUUCUGGUGGCGGCUAACAGGAUGAACGUGACCUUUACGUGGGUGGCUAGUGACGGAUGGGGAGCUCAGGAGAGUGUGGUGAGAGGGAGUGAGGCUGUGGCUGAUGGAGCCUUCACCAUCGAGCUGGCCUCAUAUCAAAUCCCACAGUUUAAUGACUACUUCACUGCCCUGCACCCGUACAACAACACCAGGAAUCCCUGGUUCAGAGAGUUUUGGGAAAACCAGUUCCAGUGCAGCCUCCAUGAUCUGGGCUGUGGAAAGCAUUCACUCCGAGAGGCUCCUUUUCAACCAGAAUCCAAGAUCAUGUUUGUAGUGAAUGCUGUCUAUGCAAUGGCUGCUGCCUUACAUAACAUGAGACAGGCCUUAUGUCCGAACUCCACCAAGGUGUGUGAAGCUCUUAAACCUGGAAACGGAAGGAAGUUUUACCGGGACUACAUUCUUAAAGUCAAGUUUGAUGCUCCGUUUCGUCCGCCAGACACAGAGAAUGUAGUCCGCUUUGAUGCCUUUGGAGACAGCCUCGGCCGUUAUAACAUAUUCCACUACCACAAAGAGGGAGAACGUUACGUCUAUCAGAAGGUUGGUUACUGGGCCCAGAGCCUGAUCCUGAACACCAGCCUGAUCCCCUGGCCUGGCCAAGUCGCACCCACCUCCCAGUGUAGUGACCCCUGCAGGAAGAAUGAGGUGAAGAACAUGCAGCCUGGAGAUGUGUGCUGCUGGAUCUGUAUCCCCUGCCAGCCCUACCAGUACCUGCAGGAUGAGUUCACCUGUGCUGACUGCAGCUUUGGACAGUGGCCUCUCGCCAACCUGACAGGCUGUUACGACCUGCCAGAGGAGUACAUCCGCUGGGAAGACGCCUGGGCCAUCGGACCAGUCACCAUUUCCUGUCUAGGGAUGAUGUGCACUCUCUUCGUUAUCGGCCUCUUCCUUAAACACAAUGAGACGCCUGUGGUGAAGGCCAGUGGACGCGAGCUCUGCUACAUUCUCCUUCUGGGUGUGCUGAUGUGUUACAGUAUGACCUUCAUUUACAUCGCCAAACCUUCCACAGCAGUUUGCACACUGCGUCGCCUGGGCUUGGGCACCUCCUUCGCUGUGUGUUACUCAGCCCUGUUAACCAAGACCAAUCGCAUCGCCCGUAUCUUCAGUGGGGUUAAGGAUGGUGCUCAGCGACCCCGGUUUAUCAGCCCAGCUUCCCAGGUUGCCAUCUGCGGCGCUCUGAUCUCCUGCCAGCUGGUAGUAGUGGUGGUGUGGCUGGUGGUGGAGGCUCCAGGGGUGAGAAAAGAAGUGAGCCCAGAGAAGAGAGAUGUGGUCACCCUCAAGUGUAACAGCAAGGACUCCAGCAUGCUCAUGUCUCUCACCUACAAUUGCAUUCUCAUUAUACUCUGCACGUUCUACGCCUUCAAGACCCGCAAAUGCCCUGAGAACUUCAAUGAGGCCAAGUUCAUCGGGUUCACCAUGUACACCACCUGCAUCAUCUGGCUUGCUUUCCAGCCAAUUUUCUAUGUUACUGCCAGUGACUACAGGGUGCAGACCACCACCAUGUGCAUCUCUGUCAGUCUGAGUGGGUCAGUGGUGCUUGGUUGCCUCUUCGCUCCCAAGGUUCACAUCAUCCUGUUCCAGCCGCAAAAGAAUGUCUGCACCCUCAGAGUGGCCACCACCCGCUUCAGCGUCACCACCGGCCCAGGCUCUAGUUUUUCUCAAGCAUCAGCCUCCAAUGUUGUUCCAACAGUGUGUAAUGGACGAGAGGUGGUGGACUCUACAACGUCCUCCUUGUGAAGAUCAACUGAGUUCCUCUGCAAAGCAUUGUAUACAGAGUUAUAUAAUCACUAGUCCUGAAUCAGGUGUCUCAGAUAUUAAAGAGGUCACACAGAUGAUCGUCCUGACUUUGUUGUCCUCAAAGUGCUGUGAGUACAAUGUCCCAAUUAUUUCAUUUUGUUCUUUGACUGGUAGCGAUUUUAAAAGAGAUGCCAAUAAAGUCGCAUAUAGACCUUGUUUUUAUGGAAGAUUCUACUUGCAACAAUGGAGUAAAUUAUAGUAAAUCUGUUAAAUGUAAUAUAUACAAAACAUUUUUAAUGUAGAUUUUGGUGAACCGUUUUGUGCUUUCUUGUAAUUUAUGUAAAUAAAAUGUGUUUUUUAUUAAUACUA